UUCCACGUGUCACCGGAAACUGCAGGUAGGGCGAAGGUAUAGUUUCUGACAGGUAUCGCGGAUUAUAUGUACGAUAAGACUUUUCACUUUCGGUUGUUCCUUCUGAAUUGACAUUUUUGGUUGUAGGGUGUUCAAAAUGGAUUUCACUCAAGAAGCUAUUAUCUCGCUGUUGAUAGAAGAAGGGGGGAAGUUGAAGAAUUCCGAGUUGCUGACUAAAUUCAAAGAUUCCUUGAACUGCACUGAUCCCGCAGAGAAGAAACAGAACAGGGAUCUAUUCAAAAGGUUUGUGAACACUGUUGCUGUCGUGAAAGAAAUUGAAGAUGUCAGGUAUAUUGUACUAAAGAAAAAAUAUCAGCAUUUGUUACAAGAAACAGAGGAUGUUCAAAAGUCUGAAAGUGAAGAGGUCCCCGAGCCAGGUGAACCCUCACCUGUAUGGAACAGCGAGAACAAUGCACAUUCUCAAAAUGGAGGAAGUGAGAUAAGUUCUGAGAAUGUCCAAGAACCUGUUAUUACAAGUGUCGGUGAAUGUGUCUCAAAUGACAGUGACAUGCAUUCAUUUAUAGAGCUGGCAUUUAAAGAAAAAGUUGAUUUCAAACCAAAAAGGUCACUGAAUUUCAACAUAGACCAUACUUCUGAUGCGCAGAGAGAAUAUAUCUCCUCUGGGGGGGCUGUGUAUCCUGGGAAGACAAAGAACCCUAGUGUGCAGAAGCCAUUUGCACUGCCUUUACGAAUGCCUCCAAACUUGGCCAGAGUAGAGAUCCAUAAACUCAAAUCUGAGGAUGACGAUGGCCCUCCAAGGAGAGCUGGAUCCACUGACCAAGAUGCACACAGCUCAUCUAGAACCAAGAGAAGACCAUCCACUAUGAGUGUGGGUUUAAGCUCUCCGCUACCAAGGAGGGCUGUCAAGAUCACCAACCCUUCUGAGGAGCCCAAGUACACAUCCACAGUCCCCCUGGAAGAGGCAGAGCAUGAGUGGCUGGUGAGGUCUGCUGCUGGACACUGGAGACGGGUGUACGGCCUGCUCCUCAGAGACACACAGCUGGCAGAGAAGAAGGACUUCAUGUCCGGCUUCACAGCCCUUCACUGGGCAGCCAAGUGUGGUAACAGUGAGAUGGUGGGUAGUAUCAUCAACAUAUCCAGGCAAGGUGGAAUGGACCUCGACGUCAAUGCCAGAACAUAUGGAGGGUACACGCCACUGCACAUUGCUGCUUUGCAUGACCAGGAGUUUGUGUUGGCCAUGCUGGUGCAUGAAUAUGGAGCGGAUGUGAAUAUAAGGGACAAUUGUGGAAAGAAGCCAUAUCACUACCUGCGCAAAGGGAUUUCUUCUGAGGUGAGGGAGCUGCUUGGUGAAACAAAGGUCCAGCCCCAGGAAGUUCUCCAAGCGGAAAGGGAGGAGCUAGAUAUCUUCCCAGACCUCUCCAAAGGCUUGCAUACGAUAAGUCGCCUCUUCAAUCCCCAUGUGGAAAAAAAGAAAAAGCACAAGCAAAGACCCUCUGUCUAUUUGCUGGGUGUCAACCCGAGGGAUGAGAGUUCAUCCAAUCACAGAGAGACCUCAGAUGCAUUUAAGUAACAUGAGUCUGAUGUGAAAUACAAUAAUACAGUUUGAUAUUUUGCACAAAAUCUAUUUAGCUUUUCAUGGCUUUUACUCUGAUAUAGAUACAAACAUAUGGGGUUAUGAGAGGAACAUUCAGUUGUGUUGAACUUUGUUUUUUUAUAAAUCAACAAGUGCAACCAUCAUAAUUUCAUUACUCCCUUUUUAAUCAAACAACCACUUAUUACUAGUAUGAAGGUAUAGUAUCAAAAGUGCUACUCUCUCUGUGUCGUGUAAUCAAUAUAAUUUAUAAUGUAUCUAAUCGUGUUAAUAUUGAAUAAGUAAUGCAUGACUUCAUAUACGAGGUAAUGCAUUUUUUGCUCGAUGGGAUUUAACAUCAAUUUCAGCAGAUAAAAAAAAAAAUCCAUGAACACAUUAUUGUGUGUCCCUGUACUAAACCUGUACAUGAGAGAUGAAUAUGAUUCAUGUCUGGAUAUUAACAUUGCCUUCACUCUCAGGGGUCAUCAUUUGUGUCAUCUUUUUAGAUUGAUUUUCUGUCUAAGAAACACAUUUGUUUUGAAGAGGUUGCCGCAGUACUGAAUAAUUGUGAAAGUGAACAAUACUAUGUGGCCUUACUGUUUAAGAUUCCUGUAGUAUGAAUGUGUUAUGAUGAGUGAAUAUUGAUACAUUGUUUAAAGGAUCGAUUUGGUGAAAUGCAAAGAUACACUCUGAAAUAUU